UCAGGUGAGUGCAUUGUGUGUGCACCAAGCGAGACUAGUGGUUGGGUCUUUCAGUCAGCACGUCUCGACAAUAAGCGAGUAGUGAGUGUUUUAAAAUCCCAAACAAACAAAAAAGCAGUAUGCAUUUAGAUAUCAAAUACUGGCUUCAUUCGUUAAACCUACCACAGUACCAACACCUUUUUGCGAAUUACAAUGGCGUUCAGGAUAUACUUCAUCUGGAUGAAACGGCCAUCGUGAAUCAAAUUGGGAUCAAGAACAGUGCCCAUAGGGCUAGAAUAGUUUCCAGCCUUGUUUCACUCAGAGCCAAACUCAACCUUCGAAUGCGGCAACGGGAGCAGAAGGAGCUGAAUCAUCCCGAGAAUCAGGCAAGCUUUUCAACGGCCUUCGUCGAUGACGCAUUAGCGAAAUACAGGUCGCGUUCGGAAUUCGCGCAGUCGGCGCACAACAAGAGUCUGCUGCACCAGCACAGUGCCAGCGUUCUCAACAUCUCUCGAAUGCAAGAUUACGACAACAUUGCCGGUGCAGAGUUGACGGAAGCUGAAAGCCUUCGUCGUCAGCUGGAAUGGGAACUCAGCCUGGAUGGGCGCUGUCUCGACUCACACGCUUGGUACCACGGAUCGAUUCCUCGCAGCCACGCAGAAACUUUGUUAAAAAACGAUGGCGAAUUCCUCAUUCGAGAUUCUUCGACAGGUCAACCGGGCGACCUUGUCCUCUCCACCGUCUGUAGAGGGUCUUACCUCCACUUUAUCAUUUCCAAGGUGACCAUUCAACCCAAUACGGUUUACGAAUCGAUCCAGUACAGAUUGGAAGACGAGCCGUUUGAAACGAUUUCAGAUUUGGUGACGUGUUACGUCAGCAGUGGCAAGGCCGUCACGGCGGCCACGGGCGCCAAAAUUACAACGCCAGUUAACCGAACGAAACCACUUUCGUUGUACUCUAGUCAGUACGGUGUUGGCUCGCGAUCGUAUCAUCCAUCAUCGAGCAGCGCGAGCCAAUCCGGUUGCGCUGGCUUGUAUUCGGGUAGGAACCCUCUACCGGCGGUGACAGGCAGAGUGCGGAUGGUACACCCGACGGCCCGUGAGUACUCGACGCAAUCAUUGCCUCGAUCUACACCAUCUGCUUCCAAUCGAGUGAUGAUGAGGCGGAGACCAAGCGAUCCUUCACUGUCGGCAGAAGGGGCGUCACUUGGAUGUCCUCCAAAACCCAGUCGAGUGCCGUCGCAAAUCUACCAACAAGAAGAAGUUGUUCCAGACGAGUCUGUUUCUCUCAACCGGAUUAAUGAAAGCGUUGCGCUGGAUGGCGAGGAAAAGAAUGAAGCAGAGGACGUACUGCCCCAGCUUCCGGCUACGUUACCACGUUUGAGACGACCCGGCAAAAUCCCAAAUCGGCCCAUGUCAGUUACACGAAACUCUUUCCUGGAUCGGCGGAGUUGCGAUUUCGAUGUCGAAGCCACUUUCAAUCAACCGCACCUGACGAGCAAUGAAGACAAUCAAUCAAGCGUCAAUGAAGGGCAUCCAUCAUCACUGCAUCGCCAAUUCCCAUCGUUAUUCGACGUUGAGAACUUUCAAACACUCUUGUUACCGACUAUCGAGAACAAGCCGCUAGAAGUCAGUUCCUUAGAGGGGCUAUCCGCGGUGUUAGACUCGCAUUCUUCUAAAUCGAUCGCUUUACAUCUGUUACACGACGAUCUUGAUGUCCUGGGAGGUUUGCCCGAGCCGCUUUUGGAUCAUACGUUUUUCCACUAUCAUAGCCACUACGUCGAUCGUGGCAUCACAUCCGGCAUCGAACUCUGCGUCUUACCCAAUGGUCAACAGUUACGUCUCGAUCUCUUAGAAAGGACACAUUGCUUGAGGUUAUUCGUGGCUGUGACGAUUCUCACCUGCCCAACAGUCGAGGACCGCAUGACAAUGUUAAAUUUGUGGAUCGAAGUCGCCAUCGAGAGUAAAACAGCGCUGGGAAACAUGUACGGAUUCGCCGGUUUGAUGUUCGGCCUUUGCAUGCCUCAGAUUCAACGUUUGUCAGCGACGUGGAAUUUACUGAGGCAGCGACAUACGUCGACGGCUUACACGUUCGAAACCCGUUUGAGGCCCCAUCAUCGAGCAGAGGUCGUGGCUCACGCACCCAAUACCACCAUUCCCGAUUUGCAUUCUGCCAUUUUGUUGUGGACGGCCACGAUGGAGUCUUUCACGGUUGACGAUGGAGCGAAGUUGCCUCUGCUCAAUAUCCAUCUGCCAUCGACAGGACCCGAUUUCGGAUUGGAUCUGUUGGCAAGUCACAUGGAAUUGAUUCGAUCUUGGUCCCUCAACCUACCACUCUACUUGCGCAACAGCAGAAAAGUCUUGGAGAGCUCCACAAUCGACGAGAUCUUGACAGAUGUCUUCCGCACCGAGUUUCAACUGAAAUUCCUAUGGGGCAGUCGGGGCGUGUCAGUUGAUAGUCAUCAACGUUAUGCGAAAUUCGAACAAGUUUUAAGCGUCUUAUCUGAAAGUCGCGAACCCAGUUAAACGAUACCAAUCGCCAGUUGGUACGGUACGCGAGAAAUGAUUUCAAUUGUGUUGCGGAUUUGUUUGGUUUCCUUUUAGGGCCCCGAAUGAUCAAAUUAUCUUUUUCCUUUUGGGGGGAAAGUGAUGGGCCUGAUCUCAAAAUCCCAUAAUACGUGAAAUCGCAAUGAUUUCGUGAAAAUUGGCUCUUCUUUUCUUUGACCAAUUUGUGUUAAUACUAUUGUGUUAUAGAUGCCAUAUAUUGCGGGAGCUUCUACAUCUGGGUGGUCGACAUAAUACAGUGUUCCUAUUUAUAGCAUCAUAUUCCGUGUUCAACAAGUUAAUAAACUGCUCACGAAAGUUUCGCUUGAGUUCCGGUGAACAUAGCCGCUCCAGGUUAGAUUAUAGCAGGUUCUCUAAUGCCCGAGCGUACAUCGAUAAGGAAACCAUUUCAAUUGUUACUAAUAGUCCGCUUUAAAGUACCAAAUUAUUUUAACGAUGUACCGUACCGCGCUAUUGUAACGUCCUUGUUGGCACAAACGUUAGUGCACCAACAUUCUGGCUCAAGUGGGUUAGUCUGCGUUCAAUUCCGAAAAUGGGCACCGGUUGAAAUUAUUGCGCCAACAGAGCCGACGAAACUUUCAUGUACUAUCAAAUUCGUUCUGUUCUUAUGCUUUAGUAUCGCUCGAUACUUUCUCUCCAAAUUUGCUUGUUUUGCUUUUCUUUUGCAACCGGUAUUUUUUUUUUGUUUUGUGUUAGAAGACAAGCCAAUUUAAAAUGAAUUUAUUUAUUUUAUUUGUUUUUUUGCUAAUACACAUUGCAGUCAGUUGAAAGCAAAAGCCUUUCCCUGGCAAUCAGGUAAAACAAGUAUCAAUGCUUUAUCCUUUCAAAUUUUCAUUUACAUUUGUAAUUCCAGUUGAUUUGUUACGAAGAAAUCCUUGAUAAUCAAAGUGCUUUUUAUUGAGAUAAAUGUACACGUUUAUCAAAAGUUAAACCACGUUUAUUGUCCCUCAGCUGCGUGCGCACAUAAGCGGUCGACAUUUCUCGCGAAUUGUGCACACUGCCAACAGACUGGCCAUUGAGCACGUCAAUUUGUUUUCGUUUAUACUUUCUUCUUUUUUUUUCCUUUUUUUGUUCAUAAUACUCACUGUGUGUUUGAUGAGAAAUGAAUACAUGCAUAAUAGUAUUAUGGUUAUUUUUAAGGAGAGGAGGACGUGAUAUCUCGCCAAUCACUUGGCAAUUAGUAACACUCUUUCUGGAUACGUGUAGCGAAAUGACGAUUGGGAGAUAUAUAAAAAUGGCUUAGGUGGAUCAGAAAAGAACACAUACAAAAAAAACAAAAGAGAGA